AUGGAACCACCCAAGGUGCAGCAGCCAGGCGAAGGAGGCCUCAACGUCACCCUCACCAUCAGGCUUCUGAUGCACGGCAAGGAGGUUGGAAGCAUCAUUGGAAAGAAAGGAGAGACAGUGAAGAAGAUGCGUGAAGAGAGCGGUGCACGCAUCAACAUCUCUGAGGGAAACUGCCCAGAGCGGAUAGUUACCAUCACCGGACCCACAGAUGCCAUCUUCAAGGCCUUCGCCAUGAUCGCAUACAAGUUUGAAGAGGAUAUAAUCAACUCUAUGAGCAACAGUCCAGCCACCAGCAAGCCUCCUGUCACCCUGCGUCUGGUGGUCCCAGCCAGCCAAUGUGGCUCCCUCAUAGGGAAAGGAGGCUCCAAGAUCAAAGAAAUGAGAGAGUCCACAGGUGCUCAGGUACAGGUCGCAGGGGACAUGCUGCCCAACUCCACUGAACGAGCAGUCACCAUCUCAGGAGCCCCGGAAGCCAUUAUCCAGUGUGUCAAGCAGAUCUGUGUUGUCAUGCUAGAGUCCCCACCGAAAGGUGCCACUAUCCCCUACCGCCCCAAGCCUGCCUCCACCCCCGUCAUUUUUUCAGGUGGCCAGGUAAGAGCCGACCCGCUGGGGGCCUCCACUGCCAACCUCAGCCUCUUACUGCAGCACCAGCCACUGCCUGCUUACACCAUUCAGGGACAAUACGCCAUCCCUCACCCUGACCAGUUGACCAAGCUCCACCAGUUGGCUAUGCAGCAAACCCCCUUUAAUCCCCUUGGACAGACCACCCCUGCCUUCCCCGGUCUGGAUGCCAGUAACCAGGCCAGUACUCAUGAACUCACCAUUCCCAAUGAUCUAAUAGGCUGCAUAAUCGGGCGCCAGGGAACCAAAAUCAACGAGAUCCGUCAGAUGUCUGGGGCGCAGAUCAAAAUUGCUAACGCCAUGGAAGGGUCAUCGGAGCGCCAGAUCACCAUCACAGGAACCCCCGCCAACAUCAGCCUGGCCCAGUACCUCAUCAACGCACGGUUCAGAGACGUGGCGGCCAUGUGGAAUGACCCAUCCUCCAUGACCACAUCCUAA